CGAGUUCGUGAGUCGGCGGCAUCCGAGAAUGCUGGAACCUUCGUCCCAGAGUCCAACCGAAGACGUAGAAUCCCCACAGGACACCGAAUCCCGCUCGCCACCCCCUGCGGAGCCGUGUUCCGUCGAGAGCUCCGUGCGUAACUCCAGCCCCGUCAGAAAUGGCGCCCCGCUGCGGACAGACUCGCUCUGCACCGACGCCACCGCUUUUCUCGGUGGCCUCUCGGCUCUGGUGGCCAAGUUUGGUGAUGAUGGAAACAAUGAGCGUUUCUUCUCGGACGGGUUCCACCGCCGUCUCUCAUCCCCGCACCCCACGGUUUCCACGUCCGCUCCAAACUUGGCCCCAUCUGCGGCGUCACGACACCGCCCCGCCCUGGUCGGCGAUUGGCAUCUCCCGUGCGGGCCAUGGGAUGAUGGUGUCUCGUCCGAAGGUCCGCACGGGGAGCCUUCGCUAGAAUUCUGGCCGCCGGAUACAGUGAGUUUGGCGGUGGCAGUGGAGGCGGCCGAGCAGUCGUCGACGAGGCCUAAGAGCGGUGGAGUUUGCAGCCCGGACAUUCACAUCGAUGGGCAACUCGUCCCUUCAGACGAUGGCGCCUCAUUUAAAGACCCACCCCGGAACCCUACGGUAGAACUCCUGCCAUCCGAUGACAUGGCUUUGGCAGUGGCGGCGGCAGCAGCGGAGGCGGCCGAGGAUUCGUCGACGAGGCCCAAGAGCGGCGGAGCUCGGAGCCACGGAAUCCACAUCGACCGGCAGCUCAUUCCCAAGCUGUCCGUGCAGUCUCAGCCGAGCGAGCUGCAGGGGCUGGGGGUGAGCGUCUAUGAGCAGCAUGCGCUCGAGGCCGCCGUCCUGGAGCAGGUGGACCAGCAGCUGAGCGCCGAGAGGAGAGCGCAGGAGGCCCUCGCCCUCAACGAAUACAAGUCCGUGCUCGACGACCUCAGGUCGUGCUGUUCCACGUUAAAGCAAAUCGACCAGGCGAUGGCGCGAGUGAAGCCUCGCUUUCCUGGGGAUGCCAGCAAAGACUUGACGCGCCGUCUCGACUCGAUCAAGCGGCAGAAGGAAAACAAGGAGAACCAAAUCAAGAAGCUGAAUGCCAAGCAGAAGAAGCUCCAGGCCAUGCUGGGCAGUGACGUCAUUCGGCAAUUGGAGGCCGAGCUUGGAAUGGAGGAGGUCGAAGAAGACGAACCCUCGGCACCAUUAUCCCUGGGCAGCCACCUGAUGCCCGUGCAGGAGAGCGAGUGGGACAUGCUGGUGCGCACGGGGCAGAUGACCCCCUUCGGCACACGCGUCUCUGCGGUGAACAGCGACGGGAGCGCGGUGACGUCAUCGGCAGCUGCACCCCCUCCGCCGCCGGACAAACCGCGCAGGCUGGCGCUGAGCGGCGACGCCAUGUCGGGCUUCGAGGCCUACAUGGCGGAGCAGGACCAGUUGCGGGAGACGCGGAAGAGCCGUGUCGCGGAGGCGCGGAAGCGACGGCGGAAAGCGUCGCGAGCGCUCGACGACCCGGGUCCCUCGCUUGGGAAGACUGCCGGCGGGAGGGCCGGACGGACGGCUGGCGACGGUGAGCCGGGCGUGAAGAGGAAGGCCGAAGGCGGAGAUGGGUGUGUGGAUGACGACGACGAGAGGAGGAGCCGGAGGAUCAGGAGGAGGAUGAGGAGGAUGUCGGGACAGCUCGAGGCCGGGGAGAAUGGUGGCGCGGCACGCGCCUUGGGCACAGGAGAUUGUGUUGAGGGGAGUGGGGCAAACUCGGACAGCAACGCUUCUGUCUCUGCAACCAAGGACACUUUGUUGGAUCCAGACUGGUUGGCUGGGGAGGAAGAUGACGAUGAUGAUGACGAUGAGGAAGAAGAAGAGGAAGAUUCUCUGCAGUCUGAAAAUAAGGCCAAGAAAAGGAGCAGACGACCCAGAGGAAAAAAGGGACGAGUUGGACACGGGUCACUGGCAGACGAGAGCGACGACGAGAAGUACCCCAAGCUUCAGAGCAAGCGCUUCCAACGUCACCCGGACGACGGCGACAUAGAACAGUACAAGCAGCGUGUACGACGCUGGCACCGUGGCCGCUUGCUCGCCAAGAAGAAGCGCCUCGAGGAGGGACUUUCCGCGACCGAGUCUGAGGAGAGUGACGUGGAGUUUGAGGGUGGCUUCAAGGUGCCCGCAAGCCUCUGGCAGAAGCUGUACAAGUACCAGCAGACGGGCGUGCAGUGGCUGUGGGAGCUGCACGUGAAGCAGGCGGGCGGUGUUCUCGGGGACGAGAUGGGACUCGGCAAAACCGUGCAGAUCAUCGCCUUCCUGGCCGGGCUCAGCCACAGCAAACUGAGAACCCGGGGUCUUGGGUAUCGGUACGAGGGGCUGGGCCCGUCGCUGGUGGUGUGUCCCACCACGGUGAUGCAGCAGUGGGUGCGCGAGUUCCACACGUGGUGGCCGCAGUUCCGCGUGGCCGUGCUGCACGAGUCCGGCUCCUAUUCGGGGAAGAAGAAGGAGCGUCUGGUGAACGACCUCGCGAGUGGCGGCGGAGUCCUCGUCACGUCGUACUCGUGCGUGCGACUCAUGCAGGACACGCUGGGCGCUCACCCGUGGCACUACGUCAUCCUCGACGAGGGGCACAAGAUCCGCAACCCGGACGCCGCCGUCACCGUCGCGUGCAAACAGUUCCGCACGCCGCACCGCAUCAUCCUGUCGGGCUCCCCGGUGCAGAACAACCUGAAGGAGCUGUGGUCGCUCUUCGACUUUGUCUUCCCGGGGAAGCUGGGCACGCUGCCCGUGUUCAUGGAGCAGUUCUCGGUGCCCAUCACACAGGGCGGCUACUCCAACGCCUCCGACGUGCAGGUGCAGACAGCGUACAAGUGUGCCUGUGUGCUGAGAGACACCAUCAAGCCCUUCCUCCUCCGCCGUAUGAAGGCCGACGUGAAAGUCAACCUGGCGCUUCCUGAUAAGAACGAGCAGGUUUUAUUCUGCCGGCUGACGGACGAGCAGCGCGCCGUUUACCAGAAAUUCCUGGACUCGCGCGAAGUCCAGCAGGUCCUUAGCAGGGAGAGACAGGUCUUCUCGGCGCUCAUAACGCUGCGCAAGAUCUGCAACCAUCCGGACCUGCUGACAGGCGGCCUGAACGCGGAGGACGACGAGCUGGCGCCCUCCGUCGCGACCAUCGCCAGCGUCGGCGGAGGAGGUGCGGACCCCACCUCCUCUGCCUCCGCCGUCACGCGCGGCGCUGGAUUCGGCUACUGGCGACGCUCGGGGAAGCUGCUCGUGGUGGAGGCUCUGCUGCGGAUGUGGCGCCGGCAGGGCCACCGCGUGCUGCUCUUCACGCAGAGUCGGCAGAUGCUGGACAUCCUGGAGAAGUUUGUGCAGGGCGAAGGCUACUCCUACAUGAAAAUGGAUGGCACCACGAGCAUCGCCACUCGCCAGCCGCUCAUCGACAAGUUCAACAAGGACGAGUCAAUGUUCAUGUUCCUGCUGACGACGCACGUCGGGGGCAUCGGCGUGAACCUGACGGGGGCGAACCGCGUCAUCAUCUUCGACCCCGACUGGAACCCAAGCACCGACACUCAGGCCCGCGAGAGAGCCUGGCGCAUCGGGCAGUUGCGCCAGGUCACCAUCUACCGCCUCGUGUCGGCUGGCACCAUCGAGGAAAAGAUCUACCACAGGCAAAUCUUCAAGCAGUUCUUGACGAACCGCGUGCUGAAGGACCCCAGGCAGCAGCGAUUCUUCAAAGCCAAUGACCUCUUCGAGCUCUUCGCUCUCACCGACCCCGACUCGUCGCAGAGCACCGAGACCAGUGCCCUCUUUGCAGGCACUGGCUCGGACGUGCGAGUCCCGAUCAAACCGCAUCGCCCGCCGCACGCUUCCUCCGGCGAGCGUCACGGCCCACACGCCGCCGUGCCCAGACCGGACAAACCGCACCGCUCCGCCCAGCGGCGUCCUCCAGGUUCCUCCUCGUCAGCCUCCGCCGCUCCCCGGCGAUCGAACCCUCGCGAGGCGGCGCCCCCUCCCCGAGACCUCGUCAUCGACGCGGACGCGACAAACGGCGUUGGCCUCAAAGAUUCCGACAAAGCCGACCGAGCGAAGCCGAGCCCGGGAUUGGGGGAGACUCCUUUGCCGUCUAUGAACGGAGGCGGAGACGGCGGGGGUGGAGAGGCCGGUCCCGCGGGUGCGGUGCAGCUAGCGCCGGAAGGGAGAACCACUGAGCGCGGCGAUGCAACGACGAGCGAGACGCCUCCGGGAGGAGAUGCCAAAGAAGAUUCCUCGGUGGUGUCGGAGGACAAGAUGAAGGCAUGGCGGGAAAUGGCGCGACGAUUGGCGGCGCGCCUUGCUUCCGGCGGUAGCGACUCCACGGCUGGCGGCGGUGGCGGUAGCGGCGCUGGCGGUGACGUCACCGCUCACCGCAAGCGCAGGGAGAAGCAGAAGCACGUGGAGGGCGCGGAAAGCGGAGCGCGGCGACACGCGCACGGGGACGAGGGCGACGGGAGGUCGAAGAAGAAGCGGAAGGGCGUUCGCUUUGAGGGGGAGCGAAUUCCUCACCUGGUGAGGCAUGCGGAGUUCAAGGGGGCCUCGGCAGCAGGCGGAGACAAGGAGGAGCGAGAGGACCGCAGGAAGACCGACGACUACGUUCUGGAGAAGCUCUUCAAGAAGUCGGGAAUCCACAGCGCGAUGCAGCACGACGCGAUCAUGAACUCGUCACGGCCGGACUUCGCGCUGGUGGAGGCGGAGGCGACGCGGGUGGCUCGCGAUGCGAUGCAUGCGCUCCGCCAGUCGCGCCGGCACUACCGAUCGGCAAGCGCGGCGCCGCCGCCGCCGCGGCCCCAAGCGAGGUUUGGGCAGAGGAAGAAGCCCCUGCCGUUGGUGGCAGCCCAGGCCGCUAAACCACAAUCACAGAAGUGCAGGGAUGUGCAAGCUGUACCCAAGGACUCCCCGGUGCCCACGAGCUCGCAGACUCCACGGUUCGGCAAGAAGCCGGAACGAACAAAGGAUGAAGGAGCUGCAAGCGGUAGCGGUGGCGGCACCAGCAGUAGUAGCGGUGGCAUCAUUGGCUGGAGCAACGCGAGUGAUGCCCCCAGCAGCCUGGGCAACCUGGAGUCCACCCUGCACCCCGUGUCCACGACAGUGCUGGCUCGCAUGCGCACGCGGAACCAUCUGCUGCUGGCGCGGGCACUCGAGUCCACGGAGGACGGAGAGGAUGAGCAGAGCCAGGUGCCCUCCUCCUCUCUGCCACCGAGUGAGUUCUCCGAGCUGCUGUCGGACCUGCGCACGUUCGUGGCAUUUGGCGGCGCCGAGGACGGCCGGGCGAGCACCCAGGAGCUGCUGCACACGUUCGAGCAGCGCGUGCCGCCCGAGCACUCGCCCGUCUUCCGCGAGCUCCUGCGCAGCCUGUGCACGUUCGAGCGCGACUCCACGGGCCUGGGGAUGUGGCAACUUCGCGCCGACUACCGCUAGCACGUCUGCCCGUGUGUCUGUUCGUACGUCACGGGGGGUUGGGGGUGGUGGGGGUCAAAGCGCGCUUUCAGAAAUGCCGGGGAAAACCGCCCGACUGGCCGGCCGUGCCCAAGCGUGACGCGGCUGAUCAUGCCGAUGACGUCACCAAACCCCGCCCAUCACUUCCUGUCCAGCGGCACACGUGGGAACAGUGGUGAGGCUUAUUUUCCCAACUGUGUUUCAUGUGCCGUCCGAUUAGUCGAGUUAUCGAACUGGCAACCCGUGGCGACUUUGUUGUCAUCGCGACGCUGUUUAAGUAUUCCAUUCUUAGUUACAUGACUCCACUCACUCUCAGUUCUACGAUGAACUUCUUUCGCACCGCACCUAGCCGACAGUGCUAAUCGGAGGGCGUGCCACUGAACUGGAGGCAUAUGGAGGGUGGGGCUCGAUGACGUCAUCAGCAUCACCAGCCGCGUCAUGCUGGCCGUGACUCGUCGGGCGGGUUUCCCGCGUUCAUGAUGAGUGUGGGAUGGACGCUACGUUUACCAAUCCGCCGUCUUUCCGUCUUCACGAUUGCGUGCUGUCGUGUUGCACGUCGCGCUCGCGUUGAACGAGCAUGUUGGUUUUCAAGUUUGUGUGGGGACGCUGGCCUGUGUCGUUGUGCGUUAAGGAAUAUUAUUAUGUCAAGAUUAUGAAGCGUGCAUCCGUUAGAAAAAUUAAACUUUUUUAAAAGGUCUUUUUCACCAAAUUAAUUCCGAUGGUGCCAUCUUGCAUCGUGCCGUCAAACGGCAAUGGCCCUGACGACACAUUGUGUGUUUGUAGUUCAUUGUUUGUGUGUUUGUAGUUUAAUUGUCUCGCCUGAACACGUUUACUGUAACACUAACUCACCAAGGGCACAUCCUCAUUCACCAACCCUCCUCCGCUUCCCACGAUUCCUUGCGAUUCGUUGCAAUUUGGGGGUCGCGGUUUGGUUGAGGAAUCAAUUAUUUUGCUCGUCUCGUUUUUUUUACAUGUCUCCUUCCGUUAUUUGCAUGUCUCAUUUGCUUCGUUAUCCUGUGUGUGUGUAAUAUGCACCGGUUGCAUACAAUUUGUAUGAAUUGUACUUUAUAUACUCUUACACAUCUGAGUAGAUGGGUGUAUCAUAGGAAUGGGUAGACCACACUUAGUCGCAGUUCGCGUGCGAUGGACUAAAUUGUGGGUACUUCCAUCGCUUCCAAGACCUCUGGCCAAUGUGGAAGAGUAGGCCAAAACACCCUCUCGAGGGGCUCUCUAGAGCUCACUCUGGUUGAGGCCGUCCUGCCAGCUGUGGAGGCAGCAAGCAAUCGCAGGGCCGAACUUUUUCUUAUCACCUUUUAUCAUGAGCAUUAAGAACCGAUUUUUAAACGAUGAAUCGUAUCAAUCUGUCUGUUCGUCACCAUUGCUGUGACCUGUAGCCAGCUGAUGGCCAAUGACUGCUAAUCACAGGUGUCGCUAAAAGAACCGUUGCAUUACUUGAGUUUUCCUCUCCAGUAAUUUAUUUGCAGGGAAUAUGGUUGCGUGUAGAAUUUGGAGCAAACAUUGCGUGCGCUUGGUGCUAAUAGUAUUUUACAAUCCUUUGGCAAUCCACCGCUGGAUGAAGGCCUCCCUAGGAAACAUUCAGUCAUGCGGGCUAACCGUGCCGUACUUCAACAGUACACGGUGAAUGGGAGAGAGUGACCCAUGACUGGUUCAGACGUCACUCGCCGCUGAUGUUAACCGUGGCUGGGAAUUGAAAUCAAGUUGCCGAGUUCAUAGUGCAGUGCGCCAACCACUGUGCCACUGCUCCACCGUUGGUGCUAUUAUGGAGCCGUAAAUCUGCUAGUCUCAUGAAGUUGUUCCAUCCUAACCCGAUAUCCUUUCACUCGUAAAGAUCUGUCAACAUGAAUUUGAUCGCAUUAUUGAUCAUUGGUGGUCUCAGUGCUUGUCCAAUUGUGAAGCGAAAUGUUACGAACACUUGAUGUCUUACUAGAGUUUUUUUUUAUUACGGGUGUCAUUUUAUACGAGACAUUUAUAUACGAGGCGGUAAACAUUUUACACGGCCAUCGGUGGCUAUCUUGCUCUGACAGUAUUGGCUUUGCCAAAAAAUGCGGAAAUGUUUUCUGGAUGUUGUGGUUUGUGUGUAUUUAAAGAAAAAAUAAAGUAUAAUGGAUCAUU